UACUACCAGAAGCUGGACGUGUUCGCGUCGUACAGGAACCAGCAGAUCUCUCUGGGCACGAUGCUGCCCGCGACGUACCAGGGACACAAGGACGUGGCGGUAUGGUCGCCGUUCUUGUACGGGACGGCUGUGCCGGUGUCUCCGUACGUGUGCCAGUCUCUGACGCAGGAUCAGAAUGCUGGGGGAAUGCUGGUGAACGUGAAGGUGAACGGAAGGGUGAAAUGGAAGGUCGGUUCUUGGGUGUCCGGCAAGUACCAUCUCUUUGUCAACUGCCCGGCCUUUAUCAGGCUCGCCGGAGACGGGAUCGGAGCUACAGGCCCCGCCAUCAAGUAUCAGAUUAUGCAGAGUUGCAGCGUUGAUGUUUAAUUAGUUAGCAAAGUAAUUCGCCUACUUUUUACUCCAAU